AUGUGGGAUAUCGAUAGUUCCAAAUCUAACUCGGUUAUUCUUGGAGUUUUCAUAUGCUUGGCUGGAAAUAUCAUAUUGAAUAUUGGUUUGAAUGUACAAAAAUUUGCAUUUACAAAAUAUCAAGAGAAAAUUGGUAAAACUCAAGAAACGGAAGCUCAUGUUUUGGAAACAGAUUGUGGUGUCGCCGGUGGGACGAUGAUGGACUUCGUGGCGUUAAAAUUCGCUCCUCAAUCUUUGGUAGCGCCAUUAGGAGCUAUCUCAUUAAUAACAAAUUUAUUAAUUGCACCCAUACUUCACAAACAAAAGUUAGUCCGUUCAGAUAUUAUUGGUGUUAUAAUUAUUGUAGGUGGAAGUGUAAUGGUUACUUUCGAACCGGGUGAUGCGAUUCAAGAACUGGGUACUUUUCACAAGGUCAAAACCGGUAAAAAUGCAUCAAACAAAAAUUCUAUUUUACCAUCAUCGAGGAUUGAUGAGAAUGAUCUGUCAAUGAGAGAUGACGAUUAUAAUAUCGAUAUAAAUAUAACACUACAAGAUUUACCUCAACGAAAUAGUUUUUUAAAUUCAAUUCCAUACCUCAGUGACUCGAUCACUUCAAGUCUACAUAUAGAAUUACAAACUUCGGAUACAUCAAAUAAGGUUUCAGACAUUUUAAAUAAUAAUGAAAACAUACAACCGAAUUCAACAACUACAAUAAUUUCUACAAAAGAUGUAAAAGAACGAAUCUUGUUACCAAUCGCAUAUGCUAUUUUAGCUAGUAGUAUGGCUACCAUGACUACUUUAUUUGCCAAGAAAUUAUUAAAUGCUAAUUUUCCAAAAACCGCUGAAGGUCAAGUUUAUCACGUUGGAAUCAAAAGAGGCGAAAUGGGUGAUCUGAACAGGGCAAAGUUAUUUUCAAGAUGGCUGGACGCGGACACGCCAAUAUUUCAGCGAGAAAGUCAUCGGGGAUUCUUAACAAUCACCGGAAAGUAUAAGGGAGUUCCUGUUAGCAUUGUUGGAAUUGCGGUAGUAGAUGGUUCUAUGAUUAUAAUAAGAUUUGGGACAUGUGGCACCAUCGGUAAGGCUACUGUCGGUGAUGUAGUCAUACCGGAAGGUUCUUUCGCAGUUACAAAAAAUUAUGAUUAUCCAACUUUUGAAAGUAAGGAGAUAGUAGUUCAAGACCAUGAAAUAAAGACGAAAGAACAGCCGUACAUUAUAUCAAAGGUGAUCUAUGGAGAUAAGGAAAUUUGCACUUUGGGUCUAAAUGCAACAUGUGAUAGUUUUUAUUCUUCGCAAGGUAGACUUGACGAAAAUUUCGUAGAUAACAAUAAAGAACUAUUCAAAUCUAUUUGUACUAAAUAUCCGGAUGUGGAAUCAUUAGAAAUGGAAACUUUUAUGCUUUUUUACUUAGCAAAAUGCAGUACAGAUGCUCCAUAUUGUUCUCAACGCAAAGUUAGUAAUGAACUAAAAGAAGUGUGUGAACAAAAGAUAACAGCCAGUAACACCUUAAUGACUCAAAAAGGAGUUAAUUUAAGAAAUAGCAUUAGAGCAGCUGCAACUAUGGUAGUAAUCACGGAUCGUAAAACAAACGAAAUUAUUGAUCCGGAAAAGUUGAAUGAUUUAGUAAGGAUUGCUGGAGAGGCCGUUUUGAAGGUUUUAUUAGAAAUCGAACUAGAUGAAGUGCAUUUUAAUGACGAUAAGUGUGUGUGGAAUUC